UAUUUCGUUUCACGUGCCCAAUUACGUUGUUACGUUUUACGUAAAUAUUGAGUUUAGUUGAUUUUACGUUUUUACGCUGUGGUGUCUAGUCAAGUCUGUAUAUUAAUAAAGUAUAGUUCUUAUAAUCCACCUUGUACGAACACAUCCAAACAUGAGCACAAAGCUCGAAGACUGGGAAGGCUUCAGCAGCAACGACGAACAAUUGGCCGAUGGAACUCAAUUUACGAAGAAGUCGGCCAUAGUUGACAUGUCAGUAGUGGAUGAUUCAUCUGGAACCUCAAGUUUCGAAGACGUCGGCGAACAAAUUAACAAGAUGGGCAAAGAAUCCGACCCUAAUAACAUAGACCUUAUGACUGGGAUAGGUGGGAACCUGGGCAAGGCUGUAGCUGGUCAGAUGUGGGAGAAUGGUCAGCAACAGGCUCGUAAAAUGAUUGACAUUUACGCCAACAUUGAUAUCUUGAGACCAUACUUCGAUAUUGAACCCAAGGAGUUAUUGUUGAAACUUGGACAUUCGUUCGUGCCACUGCGUUCUCUAUCAACUCCACAGAAAAUCUCGGGCGAGUUGUAUGGGCCUUUAAUGACUGUGUUUACACUCAUAGCCAUCUUACUAAUGAACAUGAAAACCUCAGGCACUGUACUUGAACAAGGGACAUUAAUGGGCACGGCGUUUGGUGUUUGUUUUGGUUAUUGGUGGGGAGUGGCGGGAUUUAUCUACUUCCUAUCAUAUAUAUGCAACACCUAUAUAAGCAUAGUGCAAUGUCUGUCUAUGCUGGGUUACGGAAUGGUGAGCCACUGCGUGAUCUUACUACUUGGUCACUUCACUCACUACUCACAUGGAAUGUUUUAUAUUUUAUGGGCUGUUGUUGCUGGUGCUUCUGCGGCGAGAAUGAUUACAAUUCUCCUCUCACGAACUGUUGGUAAAUCACAACGCCUUCUACUUUGUUCUAGCAUUGCAAGUUUACACAUGUUGUUUUUACUUUAUCUUCACUUUGCGUAUCACCAUGUCGUUGAAAGUAUAAUUGAAACGUUUGACGAAGCUGGGUUAGGCGUUCCAUCAUCGGUUCGUGAGAUACGAGAUGUAAAUGACUCGUUGGUCUCAUAGCAAUUAUACAAAGCUAAAAUGGUGCUUUAAUAAAUAAACUUUAUUUCGAAGCUUUUAGUUGGAAGUGAAUUCUGCUGUAUGUGGUUGUAUUAUUAUUUAUCUAUGAAUAUAGCAGGGUGGGGGAAGCUGGGACACAUCUUCAUUCUAGUUCCCCGUCCUAUUUGGUAGAAAACAAAUAACAUUCAAUAAAUUAAAAAACUAUAUUGACUCUUGUAGACUUCCUAUAAUUGUUUAAAAUACAAGAAUUUCGGGUUUUUAUGUUCUAAAGGUGUCCCGUCUUCCCCCACCCUACUAUGUAUUGUUGAGGUUUUGAGUAUAUCUUGUGAAGAUGUAUCCUCAUCAUUACAUCAAUGUUAAGUUUUAUCAUAAAAUAUUGUUUUUAUGUUAGAGGUAUAUCCUGUUGUAUGCUUAAUAGAAGUUGUAACUUGCGAGACUUGUUGCACAAAAUAAAAUAUCGCAACAACCU